UAACUUUGAUUUUAUUAUUCGAUUGUAACACAAGCUCCAGCUAAGUACCAAACACAACCAACAUGAGCAAAUUCUUAGUGAUCUUCUUGAUUGUGGUCGUUUUGGGAUUCUCGGCAUCUUUGCCACAAAUAGAACACGGUUCAGUGCUUGGACCCAGUGGCAGAUUUGAGCGUACAAAAAAUCAAGCAGCUCCUCCUGUAGACCUUAGUUUACCUCCUGUAUUCUUACCAGAAUCCAUUCCUAUACAUGAGGACGUUAAAGAAUUCCAUGGAAUGCAUUAAUAUCUUGCAAUAGAAUUGUUUUUGAUAAGUUAUAUUAUUACUACAUGUGUAGGUACAUAUUUAGCCUAAAUUAUAAAUUAAUUACAAAAUAUUUAAACUAAAAUAAAUAAAUCUGUAUUAAUAAA